UUCCUCUCCUUCAGGGAACAGAAGUUAUAGACAUAACUAAUCGUUUCUCUUAGGUUCUCGGAAACAGCAUCAGAGUGAGCGCUCUGUCAUGGCGGCUACUCUGUCAGCUGCUCGGUUCUCAGAAACUGCGUCAGAGUGAAACCUCUAUCCUGUCUCUUCCUCUGUGUCAGCUGCUGCGUCUCCUCCUCCGCUAGCUUAGCCUGCUAGCUCGCAGCAGCAGGGAAGGUAAACAUGGCUAUGUCGCAGGCUCUGUCCGAGGAGGAGUUCCAUCGGAUGCAGGCCCAGCUGUUGGAGCUGCGGACGCAGAACUACCAGCUGUCUGAUGAUCUCAGGAAGAACACGGCAGAGCUGAAUGCCGUCCGUCAGAAGAAUGUGGUUUUGGAAAGAGAUUUUGUCAAAACACAGAAGGCCUUGACUAAGAGUAAGAAAGCUCAGGAGGUGGAUGCUUUGCUGAGUGAGAAUGAGAUGCUUCAGGGGAAACUCCACAGUCAGGAGGAAGAUUUCAGACUACAGAACAGCACACUGAUGGCUGAACUCUCCAAGCUGUGUACACAGAUCGAGCAGCUGGAGCAGGAGAAUCAGUGCCUGAAGAAGGAAGGAGGAGCAGCCUCUGCAUCCAGCCCCCCACCUAACCCUGCAUCCAGCCCCGUGGAUGGAGAACUGCUCCGCCUCCAAGCAGAAAACUCCACCCUCCAGAAGAAAAUGAAGGCCCUGCAGGAGCGCUUCGACAAGGAGCUGCAGAGACAGGCGUCCGUUCAGGGCACCCACAGUGCGACCACAGAGACUGACGGAUCAGCAGGUACCAAUGGAGUCUCUGAUGUCACAGGGACAGGGGAGGAGUCAUUGCCAGGAGGAUCCAAUGAGAGACUGGAACAGGCGGAGCCUGAGCUGCGGCAGACGGAGAAACAGCUACACGGCCUGUCAGAGAAGAGCGUAGAGAAGAUUGUAGCUAAGCAGGCAGCGCUAGGCUGGUCGGCUGCUCUCUGUCCAAUAACUCACUGCUUUGGACCAGAGCUGGAGAUGGCCCUGAACACCGAGCAGGAGGAGAAGAGGCUGCUGAAGGAGCAGAUCCACACCCUGGAGGCGUCCAAACAGGCUGAAAUCACCAAACUGCAGGAAGAAAUAACAAAGCUGUCUGACAAGCUAAAGAAGAAGCAGGAGAGUUUCCAGCGUCUGCAGACAGAAAAGGAGGCUCUGUACAACGACAGCAGGACAAAGAUCGAUGAGAUCAACCAAAGAAAAGAAGAAGAGCUGAAGGCCAUGAAUAUCCGUGUCCAGAAACUACAGACGGACCUCAUGGCAGCCAAUCAGACGGUGUCAGAGCUGAGAGAGCAGCUACAGAGCAAAGAGAAGGAACAUGAGGUGGCUCUGCACACACUGAAGGACGAGGUAGCCAGUCAGAGUGCAGUCAGUCAGGAACAGGUGGACAACAUCCUGCAGGAGAACGAUGCUCUGAGGACAAACCUAGCUGCUCUAGAACAGAUCCAGACGGUGAAGACGCAGGAAAUGAACCUGUUGCGAGAGCAGCAGGAGGCGCUGACGGGCGAACUGCAGCAGAGACGAACUGAACAGGAGAAUCUGCUGGCUCAGAGGGAUGACCUCAACUCCCAGCUGCAGGAGUCGAGUUUUGCCAACAGGAAGUUGUUGGAGCAGUUAACCGAAGAAGGACAAGAGAAGGAUAGACUGCUGAGAGAGCUGGACGAGGCUAAGAAGACAGCAGAGAAGAGGAAGGCCAUGCUGGAUGAGAUGGCCAUGCAGCUGAACCAGGAAAAGUCUGACCACAAGGAGGCGCUGUCAGACCUCAAACUGCAGCACGAGAAAGAGGUUCUUGCAGUGAGGGCUCGAUACGAGAAGGAGCUCAGAGGACUUCAUGAAGACAAGAAUCGCUCUGAGGAAGAAAUCCGACAGCAGCUUAGAGAUGAAAAGGCUCGGACGAAGGAGCUGGAGGGUUUACAGCCCCGAGUGGAGGAGCUGCUGAGUCAGGUCCAGUCCAUGGAGGGAGCCAAAGGAUGGUUCGAGAGACGGCUCAAAGAGGCUGAGGAGAAUAUAGAGAAGAACAAUCUGCAACAUCAGGAGGAAAUCAAGCAGCUGUGGAAAGAACACAAACUUCAGCUGGAGGAGAAGCAGUCAGAGAUGGAGAAACUGAAGCAGCAGCUGGUGGAGGUGGAGAAGCAGAGGGAGGAACACGGGGACACCAUCGGGAAACUCAAACAGGAGAUAAAGGACACUGUGGACGGUCAGAGGAUUCUUGAGAAGAAGGGAAGCGCAGCGCUGAAGGAUUUGAAGCGGCAGCUGCAGCUGGAGAGGAAGCGAGCAGACAAACUGCAGGAGAGGCUCCAGGAGAUUCUGACCAACAGCAAAACCAGGACAGGUUUGGAGGAGCUAGUUCUGUCAGAGAUCAACAGUCCCAGUCGAACUCAGCAGACCGGAGACUCGUCCUCCGUGUCCUCCUUCUCCUACAAAGACAUGAUGAAGGAGUCUCAGUCGACCAAUCAGAAUAAGUCCGGAGGAGGCAGCCCUCAGUCUCAGCGCCCCGCCGAAUUAUCCGAUGAUGAGGUCGGAGAGCUGUUCCAGCGGCUCGCUGAGGUUCAGCAGGAGAAAUGGAUGCUGGAGGAGAAGGUGAAACAUCUGGAGGUGAGCUGUUCAUCGAUGGCUGAAGACAUCUGCAGAAAGAGCGCCAUCAUAGAGACGUACGUGAUGGACAGCCGCAGAGAUGUGUCGGGGAGCACGGUCGGAGGUCACGGAGGCUCUCAGGGAGACCGGGGAGGUCUGGGUUCGGUCCUAAGAGAGCUGGUGAAACCAGGAGACGAGAAUCUGAGGGAGAUGAACAAGAAGCUGCAGCACAUGUUGGAGGAGCAGCUCACCAAGAACAUGCACCUGCAGAAGGACCUGGAGCUGUUGUCCCAGGAAUUAGUUCGUCUCAGUAAAGAGAGCAGUCCCGGUAGCAGUGCUGCUGGGUCAGGAUGAGGCUAUCACCUGGAUUAAUCCAUGCAGUCACUUCCAUCUCACCACUACCAUUCACCUCAGCUGGAAGGUGUCAGCCAGACUCAGGCUAACACCUGGAACCAAGUUUUCUUCCUUACCCCAUCUCUGCGCUAAGACCUGCUGUAGGCUCUGACUACUGCCUGAAGCUGUUAUGUUUUCACCAUUUCAGCCUGGGUUGUGACUAAAUGCUGAAAUAAUGUCCAUGUCAUGCUUUUCAGCCUGGAGGAAGCAGUACUUUUUAAAGGCGUAGAAGAAGACACUGAAUGGAAACACUGAGGAUAUUAAAAGCUGGCCUCAACUCA